CUGCUGGAGGUGCUGCUGGUGCUGCUGGUGCUGCUGGUGCUGGAGGUGCUGCUGGAGCUGCUGGAGGUGCUGCUGGUGCUGGAGCUGCUGGAGGUGCAUCUGGAGCUGCUGGAGGUGCUGCUGGUACUGGAGCUGCUGGAGGUACUGGUGUUGUUGGAGGUCCUACUGGUGUUGGAGCUGCUAGAGGUACUGGAGCGGCUGGUCCUGGAGGUGCUCGUACUGGAGGCACUGGAGCUGCUGGGGCUGGUGGUGCUGCAGGAGUUGGAGCUGCAGGUGCUGGAGCUGUUGCUACUGGAGGUUCUUCUGGAGCUGGAGCUGCUGGAGGUACUGGAGCUGGUGGUGCUGCGGGAGUUGUAGCUGGCGACCCUGGAACUGAGGGUACUGGUGCAGUCUCUGCUGUUUCUGGAGGCGCUGCGCGGCCACGGCCGUACUACGUUCCGCUCCUUCAGCAGGUUCUUGGUCUCCCGCCUUCUCCAGGUCCUACUCCUCCUUUACUGAGUCCACCGCCAGUCCAGUCACAGUCGCAGUCACCGCCGACCUCUCCACUGCCUUGUCCUUCUUACUCUGGAACGACUAGAGGUCUUACGGAGCGUCGUGAGCCUGAGUCGCGUCCUGUGUCGCCUGAGUCUCGUCCUGCGUCACCUGAGUCUCGUUCUGCAUUGCCUGUCCGCACUGUUCGCGCUGGUCGUCGUGUUUCGCGUCCGCGUCCUCCUCCUAUCCCUGGCACUCACUCUAUGACACUGCGUCCUUCCACUGCUCCACAGCGUGUCCCUCUGCCGUCUCCCCCUGCGUCCUCUCUUCCUGACGGUCUGGACCCGGAGUCUGACUCCCUUCGUGCUGCUAGUCCUAUUCUCACGCGCUUUCUGGCCUCUGCUGUCACUGACCCUUUGUUUGAGUCCACUGCUGCGUCUGUUCUCGUUGCUGAGCUUGUUGACUUUGCUGCAGCCUGUCGCCUAGACUUUGCCACUAGUCUUGUUGCUGAGUCUGCGUCUGCGUCUGUCUGUCCUCCGUCCGUCGGGGGUGAGUGUGCUCUUAGCACAGAUGUUCUUGAGGACAGACAGGAGGAGUUUGAGUGCUUUGCCGUAGCUGUACCUCAUCUCGUGUCCAUGCUGCUUGCCCCUGAGGGAGACCCGGAUGCACCAGACAUCCCGACCCCGCGCUCUUACGCAGAGGCGAUAGCGGGUCCCUACUCCUCUCAGUGGCAGGCAGCCAUGGACGCCGAGAUGGCUUCCUAG